GAAAGCGGAAAAUAAUUGCGGAGUUAAACUGCGCGGUUUAGCGACUGACACUGCACAAUAUAUCCGGCGACUGCUACUUCUCUCUCUCUGAGGCAUCGCAGAGAAAGGAUCUUCUGCAUCAGAGCGACAAUAUUUUGCUAAACCGCUGUGGUUGAGAGAUUGGAUGUGAUUUUUGUGCAGGUAGAUUGAUUCAUCUUGAUAAAAUUCAUUGAUGGAUUCGGAGAGGGAUUUGAUCAGCGAUUUGCCCCAAAGCAUCAUAGAAGCCAUCCUGGAAAAGGUUCCAAUAAGGGAUGCUGUAAUGACAAGCGCAUUAUCGACCAAAUGGAGGUAUAAGUGGUCUGGCAUUACAGAACUUGUUUUUGAUGACAGCUGUGUGUCUACGUGCUAUGACAAAUCGAUUGUUGAGAGCAAUUUUAUUCACUUCAUUACCCGUUGUUUGUUUCUUCACAAUGGACCAAUUCAUAAGUUUGCAUUGUCCAGUUCGUAUUUGCCAAACACGCCUGAUAUAGAUCAAUGGCUGCUUUUCCUUUCACGGAAAGAUGUAAAGGAAUUGAGCAUUGAGUUAGGAGAGGGUGAAUGGUUUAAAGCUCCUUCUUAUUUCUUCUCUUGUAAGAAGUUAACUCGUUUAGAGCUAGUUCGGUGUGAACUGGACCCUCCUCUGAAUUUUAAGGGGUUCAUGUGUUUGAAGCAUCUCAAUCUUCAACAAGUUGUCAUUCCGCCAUGUGACAUUGAAAACCUCAUCUCAAGUUGCCCGCUUCUGGAGAAUUUGGAAUUAUCAUACUUUGAUAGUUUAGAGUUGACUAUUCGAGCUCCAAAGCUCAGAUAUUUAAAUUUGGAAGGUGAAUUUAAGGAGAUAUGCCUUGAAAAUACCCCAAAUUUGGUUGGUAUAUCUGUUGCCAUGUAUAUGACUGACGAUAUAGCAGAGCACUUUGAGCAAAGUUCGGGCUGCAAUUUUGACAAGUUUCUUGGGAAUGUCCCUCUUAUUGAACAUCUUACCGGGCAUAUUUACUUCACAAAGUAUCUUAGUAUAGGUAAUGACGAAGGAAGCAAUCCUAUGAUAUAUAACCAUUUGAAGGUUCUCGAACUUUAUCAAGUUAGUUUUGAAGAUAUGAAAGAGAUAUAUGUCGUUCUUCGCAUGAUUUUAAGCUCCCCUAACUUAGAGCAACUCCUGAUCUCGGGUUCCACAAUCACAGCAUCAACUGACAUUCACGAUUUGGAAUUUUGGGAGAAAGGGUUGCCUGCAGAUUGCACAUUCCACAAACUGAAAGUCGUGAAAAUAUCUGAUUUUUCUGCUGUGCUGCAUGAAAUGGCAUUUAUCAAAUUUUUACUUCUGAAUUCACCCGUGCUCGAAUCAAUGACUAUUGCACCGAGUUUUUGCAUUAUGGAUGGAAAAUUGAAGAUGCUAAUUGAGCUGUUGAGUUAUCGCCGCGCAUCUCCUCUAGCUACAAUCAAAUUUGUUCAAGAGCAAGCCUAGAUAGAGCACAAGGUGACUGUACAGGUGACACCAUCGAAGAACGAAAAGGAUUAACUGGAUUUUAUUCGAUUAUUAUUAUUUUUUUUGUUCUGAUUCUUUUGGACAAUUUAUUCUUUGUGAAAAAACACCAUUUCUGUAGAGCACUACAUUUCAUCCAUUCUAUUCU